UCUACUCUCAUUCAUUGAAUUAAGCAAUCAACAAGAGUCGAAUUUCAUUCCCAAGUCUCAAAAACUUGUUUUCUCCCAUCAUGUCUCUUAGUAGCUAUUGUUUAUGUCUCUUUCUUUUGGUGGGUUUAGGAGUAGAAUUUGCACAUGCUAAUUACAAUGAUAAUGGUUAUGGUCAUCAUCAACAUCAACAUCAUCACCGUCAUCGUGGUCGUCAUGCCCGCGAUAUCAAAAAAAAUCCUGUAAAUACAGCAGCUUCUCAUUACCAGACAGUCAUCGUGGAUCCAUCUGGGCAUGGAAACUUCUCUACAAUACAAUCUGCUAUUGAUUCUGUCCCUUCCAAUAACCAGUAUUGGGUUUCCAUCCACGUGAAAGCAGGCACCUACAAGGAAAAGUUGCUUAUCCCUUAUGACAAGCCAUUUGUCGUAUUAAAAGGAGAGGGACAAAAGAGAACUUUUGUUGAAUGGCAAGAUCAUGAAUCAAUUGCACAGAGUCCUACAUUUGCAAGCAUGGCUAACAAUGUCGUUGUCAAGUCUAUUACUUUUAAGAAUACAUACAAUGAUUACAAAACUGCUCAGAACAUGGAACCUGCGGUGGCUGCAAUGAUAAGCGGCGACAUGUCAUACUUCUAUGAUGUUGGGUUCUAUGGUUUGCAAGACACUUUGUGGGAUGAUCGAGGAAGACAUUACUUCAAGUCUUGCACCAUUGCAGGUGCUAUGGAUUUUAUCUUUGGCACUGCCCAAUCUAUAUACGAGCAAUGUACCAUAUCCGCUAUUGAUGCAAAUCUAGGUCCUGCCAUCCGUGGUUUUAUCACAGCACAAGGGAGAGAAAAUCCAAACGACACAAAUGGGUUUGUUUUCAAGAGUUGCACUAUUGUCGGAAAUGGUACAACUUACUUGGGAAGACCAUGGAGAGGUUAUGCUAGAGUUCUUUUCUACAACAAUAUGAUGUCCAACAUUAUUAUUCCAGAAGGUUGGGUACCAUGGAAUUUUGCUGGGAAUGAGGGUGGCAUAACAUUCGCAGAGUAUGGAAAUUCUGGACCUGGUGCUGACAAAUCCAAGCGAGUAAGUUGGAUGAAGAAUUUGGAUUCAGAAACCAUCAAUAUGCUGGCAAGUACGAGCUUCAUUGACAAAGAAGGUUGGAUCAAGAUCGAACAACAGUUCUAAAUCCCUUUGAGAAAAGCACAUGUUCAACACCAGCAUGCAUGUGUAACAUUUUAUAAAGUUUGUGUACAUGAUUGCUUAUUUUAGUCUUGUUUAGAUGUGAGAUCUGAAGUCCCAAAACUCCAUGUUCAUACUAUUCAUCGUGUGUUUUGAUAUACGUUGAUAUAAUUAAUAUAGAAUCAACGUGAGUUUACACAAUUAUAAAUUUGGAUAAAUAAAA